AUGAGCGUAGAUGCCACCAGCAGUCAACAUAAACGCAACUCAAACCAGUCACGCCCAAAUGUAGCGCAGCCAAACCCUAGCAAUAAGAAGAAUAGUAGCAACAAACAAAACCAGAUUCAGAAUCAAUCUCCACAGAAUUCCAAGCAGAACCAGAACCAGAACCAGCAGCUGAGCAAGUCAGCAGCACCUGCCGCGGCGCCACCCCCCAAGACCAAGUCACCUCCACCUCCUGCAGAAUUAGAACCGCAUGUGUCCCUAGAAGGGUUUAAUGGCGAUCAGAUCGAUGUGCUCUUAAAUGGCGGUGAAGAAAAUGUAGCAGAACACUACAAGAUGGAAAAGCCACCAACCAACAAACAGGCAGCAUGGGCACAGAAACGUGAGUAG